UGUUCCAAUGAACCAUAUAGGUUUUAACAUGCUUAGCUAAAAAAGUUACAAGAUUUGUAUUUAAUUUUAAUUAAAGAAAUUUUCAAUAUGGACGUAAAAAAAGAAGACAAUGACCAAGAUCAAACUGCGCAGAUUACGCUUAGCAGCUGUCCAGGCACUACGCCCGCCACACCGUUGAGCAAAAACCAACUGAAGAAACAACGAAAACAUGCCGAAAUGCUUGAAAUGCGAAAAUUGCGACGACUGAAGGAGCGCGAGCGUCAAAAGGCGAAACGAGUGGAGGCCAAGGCUAAGGGGCUUCCACUCAGUGUGGGUCCUUCACGCAAGGAGCUGAAACGGCGCCAGCUAAUGGCAAUCAAUAAGCAAAGUUCGCCUGAUAUAAUCAGCGUGGCCAUCGAUUUGGAUUACGACGAUCUGAUGCACGAGCGAGAUGUGGCCAAGUGUGUGAAGCAAUGCCUACGCAUUUAUACGAUUAAUCGACGAGCCGCCCAGCCGUUGCGUCUGCACUUUACAGGCAUCAAGACCAAAGGCAACAUACACGAAUGCUUCAAAAAGAACGAUGGCUGGGAAAAUUGGCAUGUCGAUUAUCACUUCGAUCGUACACACAGUGAACUGUUCGACAAACAGAAAUUGGUUUAUUUGACCUGUGAAUCGGAUACGAUACUGGAGAAGUUAUUGCCUGGACAUACUUAUGUUAUUGGCGGUUUGGUCGAUCACAAUCACUUAAAAGGUCUCUGUCAUCAGCGGGCAACAAGUGCGGGACUACUUACAGCUCGCCUGCCACUCAGUGAGCACGUGGACAUGAAGACGCGCUCCGUGCUAAGCACCUUUCACGUCUUUGAGCUUCUGACACGCGUAGCAGCCAACCAGGGAUGGACGCAAGCGAUUCUAGAGACUAUACCGCAGCGCAAGGGUGCCAAGGCUAAGAACAAUAGCAAAGACAUGAAAAUUGUGCAAACGGAUCAGCAAGAGAAUGAUAAACAAAUGGAGAUCGAACAAGAGAAAGUUGAGAUAACUGAUGUGGCGGAGACAGAUGAACUUGGGGAUAAAGUAAUUACAGAGAGUUGACUUUUUCUUGUAGUAAAUUCAUAUUUCUAACUGUCCUUUCGUAUAAGGGAUUUUGGAUUAACAACCCUGUUCGUCUGUUCAUAAGUACAUAAGUAGAAGAAAUCCUUUACCACGACUGAAUCAAGUUUAUUUGAAAUUAUUGAUAAUUUUUUUAUAUUUCCAUACUUCCAUUUACCAUAUUUCUAUGGUAUCUACAAACGAUAUUUAGCUAUUUUAGUGUAUUCCUUGCGUAUAUUUGAGUGUGUGACUAUGUGUUCAUCAAGCUAAUAUAAUUCAGAAACAUCUGCUGCAGGGUAUACUCAGUCAGAUACACUAAAUGUUUGUAAA